AAAAAACUUACUUUCUAACAACAAAAUUGCCGAAGCCGAAUCGUUUUUAGGUUUUGUUAGGGUUUAUUAUUUAUUGAAUUAUAAUUUUAGUGGAUCCCCAGUUUUGAAAAUCGCAAAUAUGGCUCAAUGGUUUAAAUAUUCUUUAUGUGUCAUAACAUUAAUCAGUAUUUUCGGCUACGCUUUUGGAAUCAAAUGUUGGGACUGCCGCUCAAGCAACGAUCCUAAAUGCGCCGACCCUUUCGAUAACAGUUCCAUGCCUAUUACUGAUUGUAAACAAGAAAAGGGAUUGGCGCACUUGCCAGGUAUUAAAGCGCAGAUGUGUCGGAAAAUAAGACAAAAAGUGAAUGGUGUAUGGCGUUACUUCCGAGGUUGUGCAUAUCUCGGGGAAGUUGGCAUUCAAGGAGACGAGCGGUUCUGCCUCAUGAGAACUGGCACUUACAACAUUUUCAUUGAAUACUGCACAUGCAACAGCAAAGAUGGGUGUAAUUCUUCAUUCUCUUUUACCCCCAUGCCAGUAUUAUUAAUGUUUAUGGUAUGUACCAAUUUCAUGAAGGUUUUAUUAUAAGUGGAAAGUAGAAUCAUCAAAAAUUUGAAGAAAAUGUAACCCACAAUUAUACUUUUUUUUAAUAUUAUACACUUGCGUCAUCACUCUCUUGAAUAUAAGUUGUAAAAUUUUAAAGUGGUCUCUUGUGCAUGUUGAAAUCAAAAUUGAAAACCUCAUAAUUUUUUUGAAGUUGGUUAAAAAUCAAAUCAAAGCACACAGUGCACAAAGUAAGUUUUAAUCAAAUUGACUUUUUACUGAUUUAAUUUGAUUAAGAAGGUGAGAAUCUUUAUUUAUACAUAAAUAAGAGUUAGAAUAAUGUAGAGUUUCUGUGAAACUUUAUAGUGUAAUGUUGAUUUACAAUAAUGUACAAAAAAGGUUUCAUGUGUGUUAUUAUAUUUGUUUUCUGAUAAACUAAGAUUGGAAAAGAGCUGAUUAUUUUUUGCUUUAUUUGCAAUAAAGUUUUUACUAUUCCUUAAGCAUAAAAUUUUAGAUAACUAUUAUUGUAGAAAACAAGAAAUAAUACUAAAAAUAUGUAUUCAUAUGUCAUAGAAGUUGCAUUAUGGUCAGAUUGGGCCAGUUGAAAAUGUAAGUAUGUAUCUAUGACUACCAGAAAGUACACCACACAACUUAUUUUAAAAACUUGAUCUGAAACUAUAGGAUGUAUUUUAGGACAUUGAUAAAAAAAAUGUAUGUGUUUUUGCAAUCAUUAUAUCAAUUUGUUGUAGGAGUUUGUAUGGAUUAUUUUUUUAUUAGAUAUAUAUAUAUAUAUAUGAAAAACGUGUAUCUAUCCUUAGGUCAAUGUUUUCUUACAUUUACUAGAUGUUCGACUAUCUUGAAGUCAUGAUUUGCGUGUUAAAUGCCUAUUACAUAAAUGCCUUAUUGACAUAUGUAUAAGACUGAACAUCCGUCCAUGAAUAUUUUGUAUGUUUUCCAUGUUAAAAAUAAGUGAAAUAAAUUUAUAAAUUUGUAUCUUU